GUAGUCUAUGCGGGUUCAAAAUAUUAAAGUGCUAGUGAUUUAAGCAGUUACAGUAAAAGAUUAAGAAAAUCUGGUAGGUCCCCUACGUAUAAAUAAAAUUGACUUUUUCGGUUACCUUCAGUAUGUUAAGUGUUGUGAUACGGAACAAGAUGACAGCUGUGCUGGUAUUUGUUGAGCCGUCGCCUCUGCAGUAUUGAUAAGCAAACCCGGUCUGUAGGUGCCGAGAAAAUGUAAAUGCUGACCCUGCAGUAAAUCGUCGUUCAUAGUCGAUUGCGAGAAAAAAGACUAUUUUGGGAACAAUAUUAAUUAUAUUUCACAUUGAACAUAAUUAAUUUGAGGCACAAUUUAAAGAGGCAUAUGUUUAAAAAAAAAAAAACUAUAACAAUGUGUACAGUUCUUUUCUUUCUUAAAACAUUAUAUUAUAGGCUACGUACUUAUUCCUUUGCAAAACCCCCUACUCAAAACAAGCUCUGAAAUUCUUUGUACGGGUUCAGGAUUUUUUUUUCCUUCACAGAUUGCACGUGCGGUGUGUAAUGGCUGGUAGGCUGGGAGCUGUCGCUUGUCUAGUUUUAUGACUUUUAUAGCCUGCACGGGCGUUUAGCGCAUUCUUUUAAAGAACAACUGCCUUCACCCUCCUUUUUGCACUAGCAGUGAGCGAAUUAGAAAAAUUCGGCCCUCCUUUAUAUAACACAUAAUUAUAUUAGCAAUGGUAAUAGUGCAAUUCAUAAGAUCACGCAUUCAUAGACGUCUGUCUGAAAUAGAUAUAAAAUUACAGCAAAUAUUUUUUUCUGUGUGUUUUCUUUAUGUGUGUGUGCGUGUCCGUGUUUCAUUUACGUGUGUGUGCUCGUGUCUGUGUGUUUAUGUCUGUGUGUGUUUGAGAGAGAGAGACAAAGAGAGAAAGAGAGAAUAAUAUACGCAUUUAUUUACCUAUGCUUUAGUGUUAUCCAUGGGAUAAAAGGGAAAUAUCAGAGUCGACCAUUUAGAAUCGAUUCAUCAUUUUAAACUUGUAAAUAUAUAUUAAAUCAUAUACAACAAUGGGUAUGAAAUAUUAUCAUAGUAGGAUCAAAUCAAGUGAAAGCAGUCGAUUUUAUUAGUAUUUCAAUCGAGUUAUCCUGUUCAGUUACAAUAUUUGACUCCUGUUUGUUCCCCCGUUUGAAACAGAGAUCCAAUAAACACUGACACGGACACACACACUCACACGCACGCACGCGCGCACGCAUACAUACCGACAGACAAAAACACACAUGCACACCCACACAGACAUUGAACAAAUACUCUAUAACAAAGCUCAAAGCUGACAUAUUGCCAAAUUUAGAAUACAACACUGUCUGCUGACAAUGUUUAGGAGACGUAGGCCUAUAGGAAUAGAUACUGACUAGACGGAGAUGAUGGUAUCCUAUCCAUACUUCUAUUCUCUCUCUCUCUCUCUCUCUCUCUCUCUCUCUCUCUCUCUCAAAAAAUACAAUAAAUAAAAUAAAAGUAUGUUUGGAAAAUCUGUUGUCUUGGUAAAUAUUGUUGUCAGGUUUACAAUUUCCGGAAUAAAUUUGACUGUUCGUGCACUAGUCAAAGCAAUCUCAGGGUAAUAGAAGCCCAAUAAAUACAUGAAUCUGCAAGAAAACGAUAAUGAGUAGGUAACUGACUUUUCAUGAAAAGUCUCAGGUUAGGCUAUUGUCGAGUUUGGCUAUUUUUUAAAUUAAGGAUUAUAUCAAUUUAAUUGUUUCAUAUUAUAUCCGAAUGUUAGUCCCCAUCGAAUUUACACUUUUUAGGCAGUGAUCAAAUCAACCGUAUUGGUAACCAGGUUUCCAACAUAUUUCCGUGUGUUUUCCAAAUGCAUUGAUACUUUUCCGCAACGGUUUGGUGAAAAAAACUACUGAGGGUUUUUUUUUUUUCAUUUUCUCUUUAUACUCCCUCCUUUGGAUUGGAGGAAAAUGGUCAGCUGACACUGUCAUAUUGUCCGUCUUGGAGCGAAGCCUUAGCUAUAACAUUCGAGUGGUGCGUCUUCACUCUAGCCUAGAAAUAAAUAAUACAGAAAUCAUACAAAGCACUACAGUUGAGAGAGAGAGAGGGAGAGAGAGAGAUAGAGUAAAGAAAAAUAAACGAGAUACUGAACAAGAUAGCGGUGGAGAGAAACAGGCAGAAAUACAGAAAGAGAGAAGAGGGAGAUAUAAAGAGAAGGAGGGAGAGAGGGAGAAGGAAGGUAUGAAUUCGUAUUUCGCAAAUCCGUCGCUCUCCUGCCAUUUAGCUGGUGGUCAGGAAGUUUUGCCAAACGUCCCCCUCAAUUCGACCACUUAUGAUCCCGUCAGGCAUUUCUCAUCAUACGGGGCUGCCGUUGCUCAAAACCGGAUAUAUUCCUCACCAUUCUACUCGCCCCAAGACAACGUUGUAUUUGGGUCAAGCCGGGGACCAUACGAGUAUGGAUCCAACGUUUUCUUCCCAGAGAAAGACGUACUUCCCAGCUGCAGGCAAACUAGCGUUGGACUUAAUGGACAAAGCUCGCUGACUCAGGACUACAGCUCGGAUCAGGCCAGAACGGGACCGCAAGAACAGAAGGGAAACAUUCAGAUCUAUCCUUGGAUGCAGCGAAUGAACUCACACAGUGGAAUCGGGUACGGGUCAGAUAGACGGAGAGGCCGUCAGAUUUAUUCCCGUUACCAAACUCUGGAACUGGAGAAGGAAUUCCACUUCAAUCGCUACUUGACCAGACGCAGGCGUAUUGAAAUCGCCAAUGCGCUCUGUCUCACGGAACGCCAAAUAAAAAUCUGGUUCCAAAACCGUCGCAUGAAAUGGAAAAAAGAAAGCAAUUUAACUUCCUCUGUGACUGGGACUGAGUCGGAAGGGGUGUCUCAGGGUGCCGAAAAAGAAGGGAUCGAAGAGGAGACAGACGAGGAGAAAAAGAAGGACUGAAGGAUCCAGUUCUUAUUCUUUGCUUAACUGUAACUGAACUACCUAACUCAAUUAUGGAAUAAUGAUCACAAAUUAUACUGCAUGAACACAAGAACUUACCCCCGCCCCCCAAAUAAAGACAUAAAACACAAGCAAGCACACACACACACACACACACAGAUUAUUUGUCUCUCACCCUAACGCGUGUACAAACAUAUGUACUCGCUGCGUUAUAUACAACUCAGAUACAAUGUGAAAAUCAUGAUCUUUUUAUCGCUUUUUACUUUAGGUUCACAGUGUGAACAACAGCUGACUACUUUUGUUUCUCCUCUGUGUGCAAACUCGCGUGUGGUGAGGUAAAUAGGCCGAUGGCUUGUUCUAUUAUGUCUCCAUUUUACGACAAACGCACUGUAGCUCUGUUAAGAUAAAUGUAAAUAAAUGGCACUUGUACCUGCCAAUAUGUCUGUCCGUUUGCCUGGACUCAGCUGUGUGUAAAUGCACACUCAUGUCCAUUCCACGUGUGAAUGAUACUGCGAUAAAUCUGUUCGUGUGCAUUUUUUGUAUUAUGUUUCCCUAUAUUGCUAUAUAAAGGCUUGUAGCUAGUAGCAAAUUUUGAAAAGGUUGUCACGGGAGGAUCCAUGCUACCUGAAUUGUUUAUAUGUCUGUAUAUAUCACAUUUCCCGUGAGAGCUUUCGUGUGCACUCCUCCGCUAGGUGCUUAUGUAUACUAGCAGCACUGUGUCCAGCUAAAUAUGUUGUAACGUAAAUGAAAAAGGAACGAAUGAAAAGGAAGCUAAUAUACGUCACAUUUUCUGCACUGUAUGAAAAUUCAAGUCCAAUCACUCCUGUUCAAUAUUUAAUAAACAUAUUUUUAAAAGUUC